AUGAGUUAUACUCAUCACCGUACACCUCCCCCUAACCGAGGAUCCCCUACGUCACCCAAACCCCCCUCCUCACCUAAUAGUCCAAUUUCUACCAAACAACCAAACACUUCCUCAAAAAUUCCACAACCAAAUGAGAAUGCAGAACACAAAUCUAAGACCUCAACCAAUGCGAUGAACAAUAAUAUAACAUCAUCCAGCCAACAGAAACAACAGCCUACAACAACAUUCGAUGAGAAAUUGGGCAAUGGCCUGUUCCCUAAAAAGGAACAAGCAAUUGUAUUCGACGCAGUAGAUGAAGUAUCGCAAAUUGAAUAUAUAAAAAAGAUAGGUGACAUAGUUAAACCCAUAAAUAUAAUAUCUGUUUCAAAAAUCUCAAAAAAAAGAUUCUGCAUCUUCUUAAAUUCCAAAGAACUAGUAACCGAACUAAUAUCAAUACACAAGACAAUUGAAAUACAAAAUAAAUUAAUUCAUAUUCGCCACUUAUAUAACCCAGAUAAGCGAUUUAUACUAGCAAAUGUAUACAAUAAUAUUCCUCACAGUACUAUUUUGGAAGCUCUACGUUACCAUGAUAUUAUUCCCACUAGCCCCAUCACCUGCCUCAGAGCAGGUAUACAACUAGAAGGAUACGCCCAUAUACUCAGCUUUAGAAGACAAUUAUUCAUUAAAGCAGAAGAUUUGCCUAAAAUGCCUAGCUCCAUACUUAUAAAUUAUGACGGAACAAACCACCGUAUAUUUAUCUCUGAUGACCAAGUAACUUGCUUCAAUUGUAAAAUGACUGGUCAUGUAGCAUCAAAAUGCCCGCAUAUCAUAGAAUCACAGAAUUAUAAUAUUGAAAAUAAUAUUGAAGAUAUCAGCGAGCCAGCAGUUGACCUCAUUACUGAUAAUUAG